GGCGGGGGGCGCCCGCUCCUCCUCCUGCGGGCGGCCCGGCUGGCGGCGCCGAGCCCCCUGCGCGCGGCACAUGGGGCGCCUGACAGAGGCGGUGGCAGCGGGCGGUGGCGCUUCAGCGGCGCGCUCGGCUGGGCCCCCUCCCACUCCCCUUCCCCUGCCUUCCACCUCCCUCGGGUGCACGGCCACCAUGGCGUCCAGCGAGGAGGACGGCACCAACGGCGGCGCCUCGGAAGCGGGCGAGGAGAAGGAGGCCACCGGCAAGAGGAGGCGCCUCGGCUUGUUGGCCACUGUCUGGCUCACUUUCUACAACAUCGCCAUGACCGCGGGGUGGUUGGUUUUAGCUAUUGCCAUGGUACGUUUUUAUAUGGAAAAAGGAACACACAAAGGCUUAUAUAGAAGUAUUCAGAAGACACUUAAAUUUUUCCAGACAUUUGCCUUGCUCGAGAUAGUCCACUGUUUAAUUGGAAUUGUACCUACUUCUGUGAUUGUGGCUGGGGUCCAAGUGAGUUCAAGAAUCUUUAUGGUGUGGCUCAUUACUCACAGUAUAAAACCAAUCCAGAAUGAGGAGAGCGUGGUGCUUUUUCUGGUCGCGUGGACUGUGACAGAGAUCACUCGCUAUUCCUUCUACACGUUCAGUCUCCUCGACCACUUGCCAUACUUCAUUAAAUGGGCCAGAUAUAAUUUUUUUAUCAUCUUAUAUCCCGUCGGAGUUGUUGGUGAACUUCUUACAAUACAUGCUGCCUUACCAUAUGUGAAGAAGACGGGAAUGUUUUCGAUAAGACUUCCUAAUAAAUACAAUGUCUCUUUUGACUACUACUAUUUUCUUCUUAUAACCAUGGCCUCAUAUAUACCAUUGUUCCCACAGCUCUAUUUUCAUAUGUUACGCCAAAGAAGAAAGGUGCUUCACGGAGAGGUGAUUGUGGAAAAGGAUGAUUAAAUGAUGCCCGCUAACAAGGUGCUUUUUCCAGAAUAACCAGGAUUACUUGAGUCCAAGUUUUAAUAACAAGAAUAAACAACUUUAUGAAAUACUA